AUGAAAUCAGGAUCGAAGCACAUAAAAGAUGAAUUCUAUAAUUUUAUGCAAAUGAAAAAAAAAGUUCCUGCUCUGCUUCAGUCUUCCAUGCGACAACUUAUUAAUGUCAUUUUUGUUGUUUGCUCGCUGACUCUCUCGCAAACAAUAAUCUUUUCAGGAGAUCAAACACUGAAAACAUUUGGGGCAUGCGAAAGUCAUUCCAAAUGCAUGAUGAAGAUGAAAUACGGCGAUAAAACCGCACUAGUGGACAUUGCAAUAGCCAUUCGUCCGGGGUCAAAUCAAAUUAGUGUUGCUUUUGGGAAAAAGUGCAUUCGCCACGAUACAAACACUCUUUAA